AUGUUCAGCAACACCCCCAAGACCCCCAGCGCCCCACCACCUCCUCCGCUCCUGGUACAACAGUCCCCGGCGCACCCCUCCGCGAGAUCCCCCCCUUCCACCACCACAACCGGCCCUCCACCAGCAGCACCACCGCCGCCGCCGUCUCCACAGCGUCCAGAGCGCCGUAAGACGCUCAACUCGCUGGGCAAGAUGCGGUACCGCUGGAACGACCCGAACCUGGGCGCGCGGUACCGCGGUGUCGACAAGGACCUCGGCGUCAAGGGGAGUACGGCGGAUUAUGCGUAUCCCGUGCUGCAGAUGGGGAGUGAGCCGGCGAGGGGGGUUGUGAGGAGGAGGAGGGAGGGAUCGGGGCAGGGGCAGGGGUUGUAG